AUGUCCGACUCCAAAGAAGCUCUUCUCGAUCACGUCGACCCCCCACCAGCCUAUGACCCCCCAAAGCCGCGCGGGGCAGCACUCCCCCGCCCACCACCACUCUCACUUCCCGUGCUAAACGACCUCCGCACGAAAAGAGUCGUGCUAGCCUCCCAAUCGCCCCGCCGCCGCCAGAUCAUCAGCUACCUAGGCCUCCCCGUUGAAGUGAUCCCCUCCAAUGCAGAAGAGAACCUGCCGAAAGACCUAGCGCCGUUCGAAUACGUGCUCGGCACCGCAACCAAGAAGGCUCGCGCCGUCUAUCAGCAGGAGAUUACGAACGAGGAGAAGGGCGAGCCGGCUCUAAUCUUGGCUGCUGAUACGGUGGUUGUGAAUAUUGUCACUGGCACGAUUCUGGAGAAGCCAACCUCCGAGGCUCAUCACUUCUCUAUGCUUCGUGGGCUGCGUGAUGCGAAGAAGCAUAAGGUUUACACGGCGCUCGUGGCUAUGGCGCCGUUGGAGAGUGCACGAUUGCCUGGAUAUGCCUUGGAGUCGCAUGUUGAGGAGACCGAUGUUACCUUUGAUGGGGAUGUUUCAGAUGAGAUGAUCAUGGCUUAUGUGCGCACACGCGAGGGUGCCGAUAAGGCUGGUGGCUAUGGGUUACAAGGUUUGGGGUCAAUCCUUGUGGAGAAGAUUGACGGCAGCUAUGAUAAUGUCAUCGGGAUGCCGUUGAAGGCGACGCUGAAAAUUAUCGAGACUGUCAUGACCAAGGCGGAUGAUGACCACGAGUUGCAGGACGAUGAUCCGCUGGUGGAGGAUGAGGCUGAAGACGAGCAGUAA